AUGGAUAACAUUAGUGAGACCUCUAUUGAACGAAGACGUAGAUUGAAAAGAGAAUCUGCUGCUCGACAAAGAGCUAACCAAUCUUCAGAGCAAAAUGAACACUGUAAAAGGCAAUAUAGAGAAUCAAAGGGUCAAAAAAUUACGCGUGAUGUACCUGCUGAACUUACUCAAA